GUUUGAAGGUCGUUCGGACUUCAUAUCGCCAAAUGUGCGAUACUUGUCGGACUCGCCGACACGCGCGUCGUCACUAGUGCAGGCUCAUGUGAUCUGCUGCCCAAAUUGGGCAGCAGCUCGCACAUUUUGGCAUUUUGAAAUGCUUUUACACCACCCUGGACGGAGGGCCAAAAGGCGCAAUUUCAAAGCGACCUCAGCUCCAGAUACAUUUUCAACUUCUCUUGCUCCAACGAAACCGUCGACCGCGAAAUAAGUGAGAAGGAGCUCGUGCCUGGGUCGACCAAAUGAGAGUCCCACCUACGAUUCCCACAACACUGCUCCCUCGUUUGGCUCAGACGCCGAACGGAGGCAAAAGCGCCGGCGGACGUCAACGAAUACAUCCAACUGCCGAUAUGCUAACCCAAAGCUUAUCCACUCCAGAAGGAGGACCGGCCGUCCUCGCGGAUGAUGCAUCCGCCCCUUCGAACAGCGAACGACAUUCGCUGAACGAGCUUCCUCGAGAACUCCUGCUGUGCGUCUUCCAGUUUAUACCUCUGACGAACCUCCUUCGCUUGAGAGGAGUCUGCCGUCUCUGGUGGACCGACGUGCUUCAUAUGGUGGCAUUGCGUUUAAGAACCGCUGUAGAACCUCAAGUACCGACACCGGAGCAAAAGUCCGUGCCAAAGACGGAACUUAUUGUCGUACGCGCUUUGACGGACGGUGAUUGGUACAAGGAGAACUUACGCAGCGCUGCAUUGAGCUGCUUGAAGGUGCAGGGAUCGCUACGUGUUUUCGAGCAACCUGACCGUGACGACAGCAGGGUUUCGUCGGUCUCCGGAAUGCAGUCUGUGCGCUUUGUCUUCAAACCAGUUGAAGACUCGAAGCAAUGGCCUUUACUAGGCUACUAUACGAACGGCGAAGGACAGAUCGGGCUGGAGAUCAAUGGCUGGACAUUCACAUUGGCCGACUCCGUGAUAGGCUCCCUGUCGUCAAAGCGCGUUUCACAUCGCGACAACGACAUCUCAUUGAGCUACUCGGUACAAGGGCGACCGGAUAUCACUCCGGACACUGCCGAAGCCAAAGGGAUUCCGAUGUGGUGGCCCAGACGGGGAGUCUGGGGCAUGCCAUCAGAGUGCUACUUCCGUGAGAUACGGGUCGAUGAGUUCUCGAUGACCGUCGAGUUUUUGAUGAAGCUGCUGCCUGGGUGUGGGACGGCGCUGCUCGAGCAAACCGAAGCGCCAUCGACCGGUCGACGAGCAGUGCGUGAAGAUUGAUGGCGGCGUUAUUGCAUAGGCAUUAUCCUCCAGUCUUCGGUCCGCCGUAGUUCACCAGUCGUGGAUGCUACCUUGUAAGAUGUAUACCUUUCAUUGAAUAGCAAGCUUUUCUGAAGGCUA